AUGGUUGAUUCAUUCAGAUCUACGGCUACUACUUUGAUUUAUCAUGAUAAAAAUUUGUGGACUUAUGAAGGUUCACUUACAAUGCUAUAUGGCAUUUUUCGAUUACCAAGUCGUAUGACAAUAAUUCGUCUAUCACAAACCAAUAAGUUAGUUGUGAUAUCACCAUUUCCACCAACAAAUAUAAUAAAAAGUUUAUUAGCAGAAAUAGGCGAAGUUAAAUAUAUUGUUAUUCCAAAUAAACAUCAUACUUUUUGGGCUUUACAGUUUCUUCGAGAAUAUCCAAAUGCAUAUCUAAUUGGAACACGUGGUGUUAUAUCUAAUGAAAAACUGAAUAAACAUAUUAAUGCUUAUUUUUCAACAAAUGGCUUAACAUUGAAUAUGAAUUGUCCAACAACUGAUCCGUUUGAAUGGCCAUUUGAUGAAAUUGAUUUUUAUUGUUUUUAUAGUGUAGAUGUUUUAGAUGAGAUUGUGUUCUAUCAUCGAUCAUCAUCAACAUUGAUCUUAACUGAUUUAGCAUUUAAUUAUUAUGAAUCAGGUCAAGAAUCAAUUCGAGCAGAAGGUCAUUUAUUUCGGUUCUAUUUAUGGUUAGCUGAUGGCCAUCGUCAAGCUUGUGUUACAAAACCAUUUAAAUUAUUUUUUCGUAAAAAUAUUGAUUCAAUUAAAAAUGAUUUUGAUCAAAUGAUGAUUCGUUAUAAAAAUUUCAAUCGUCUAAUCAUGGCACAUGGAACAGUUAUUCAACAUGAUGCUUAUGAAAAACUUAAAUUAGGAACAUAUCAAUUUAUGCUAGAUCUUUGUCAUACGGAUAUGCGUUGUACUAAAUCCGUGUCGAUAUCAGCUCCUGUGCAUUAUGCUCAUUUAGCGGCUUAUGCAUCACGAGCACUUGAAUUUGGCGAAGAUCAUGAUACAGAAAGUUUUGAUGAAAAUAAUGAAGAGCCUGAAAAUUAUUCACUUGAUGAUAUGAAAACAAAAGUAAUGGUACUGGAUGAAAAAAUUGCUGAUGAUAUGUGA